UGCCGGCACAGAGAGAGAGAGAGAGAGCGAGCGAGGAGCUUUUUAAAAAGCGCGAGGCUGCCAUGGCUCCGGACUCCUGGUUGUCAAAGUAUGAUUCUACUUGCCAUACUGCCCAAGAAGUUGCUGAAAAAAUUCAAGAACGCAACAGAUACCAAAGGAAUGGUGAGAGUACAGCUAAGCUCAAUGUUGCCAUCAGGUCACUACUGCAGAACCUCAAAGAAAAAACAGAUCAACUGAAGGACCAGUUGUUUCAUUCUGUAUCAACACGUCAGAUAACACAGCUUGAAGGAGACAGACGGCAGAAUUUAGUGGAUGAGCUUCACACACGACACAGGCAACUUCAGGCAUCUUUCAAAAAUGAAGGCACAGAGCCAGAUGUUAUAAGGUCUAGCCUAAUGGCAGGCGGUGUUAGACAAGGUAUAACAAAUCCAUGGCUUGUGGAGGAGCCUGAGGAAACAAGAGGGCUUGGCUUUCACGAGAUCCAACAGCAGCAAAAGCGAAUUAUAGAAGAACAAGAUGCUGGUCUUGAUGCACUCUCUUCAAUUCUGUCCCGGCAAAAACAAAUGGGACAGGAAAUCGGGAAUGAGUUAGAGGAACAGAAUGAAAUCAUCGAUGAUCUGGCCAAUUUGGUAGAAAAUACUGAUGACAAGUUGCGCAGCCAAACCAGGCGUGUGAUGAUGGUGGAAAAAAAGUCAACUUCCUGUGGAAUGAUGGUGGUGAUCGUGUUGCUACUGAUUGCAAUUGUCGUUGUUGCUGUGUGGCCUACAAAGUAAUCAGCAAAAAAAGUAUUUUGCAGCAAAGUGUUUGCAGCAGUCAGAGGCAAGCACAAGUCCCGCUCGCUCUUGGAGCAUUCUACAGACUCAACUGCCUUCAACUCUUUCUGAGGGCAAUGGCAAGUUCAUGGCAUGUGAAGGAUUUCAUUUCCAAAAAGCUCUGUCCAGUUUGACUUCUUAUUUUCAAGAACCCAACUGGAAGGGGACUGAUCAUCCAGUGAGCAUUGGUGGAGAAAUGCAGUUAAUUCCAAAGAGGUGCUCUCUGACUGCUUUUGAGCGUACAAAAUGAAAUCUAUUAAUAUCUAGAGCACCUGGUUAAAAUAUUAGAAUUUUCUUUCUAACAUGUUUUCUUGGAUCUAAAAUUUAUAACAUCUUCAGUCUGAAUUUCAUGGCACUGGCUCUGGGAGAGAUUUUGCACACACUGCAGCUUUGUUUGAAGGGCAGAACUACACAAUGUAUUUGCAGGCACCCUUCAAAGGUACAGGAAAACCCUGGCAAUAUUUGCUAUGAGAAGUUAAAAAUUGCUUUGCUUUUUUCUGUAUAGCCAGCAACUAACAGGUAUUGGUUGAAAAAGCAGGUGAUAUUUCUCAGAACAUAAAAAAACAUAAAAACUGUCACAUUAUGCUAUACUGUCUGAGGUCCUUCCCAUAUAUACACUAACAUCUGAGAAGAAAAAUGAUUAACUCUGUGUACCUAAAGUCCCAAAAAUCUGUCUUUUCUGUAUGUUCUGAAAGUAAAUGAGAGAAUAGCAAUAUGGGGGGAGGGGAAUAACCAUUUAAUGUUAAUUCAUCUUCAGAAGUUAUUUAUUUUGCUACCUAUGUGCCAACUUGAUUGAUAGCACAAAACAAGACUGAAUAAAAGCCACUUCAUUUUAAAAUUA